AUGUCGAUAUCACCAAUAUUCAUAAUUUUCUUUCUCUUUCGGGUCGAGACCAAAUUCAACUCGCGCGAUUAUUACCGUAAUCGUGUUUGGGUUUCAAAAAAUGGAACCGAGCUUUUCAUCAUGUCUGAAACGGAGGGCGAAGCCCGUCAAAAGUAUGCAUUCAUUUCACCAGCAUGUCCAAAUUCGACAGUAGCUAACGUAUUGCUAGCGAGUCCUGAUUACUGCAGCUCGCGAAACUGCAGAAACUUCAAGGCACUUCCUUCAUUCUACAGUAUCUCAACUGACACGUGUCAUUGCAAAAUCAAAAACUGCAGUGCUCACAAUAGCGAUGAUUAUACAAUACUAUAUCCGGGAUGCAAAUGUGAUAAUUUUGCUAGCUGCUGGUUCAACGACACAUGUGAUCAAUGGACGAUUGUAAUGAAUGAGACGCCAUUUACAGUAUUUCAUACUGGGAAAUCCACAAUUCCAUACUUCCUACAAGCCGGCUCAAAUCAAGCUUAUUUGAAUCACACUUCGGCCAUCGUCAAAAGCAAGUUUUUUCGCCAAAGCGGUAUUGAGUGUGAAAUCCAAUUCCUCUACCAUCUUGUCCCACAAAGCAAAGAAUCGCACGUCAGAGUUCGAGCUAUUCUCGAAUCUGGUGAUUCCAUCGAAUUAUGGAAGUCUUCUAGUGGCGAGAAGUCAAAUCAUUGGGAGAGAGCCACAGUAGACAUUGGAUCAUUUGGACAGCCAUUUCAACUGUCAAUCGAAUGCAAUUCCGGAGCUCCGCCCACUUCUACCGUAGCUCACAACCUUAACGAUCAACAAUUCUUUAUUUGCAGUCUCGGAGAAUUUAAAUUUGUUUCUUGUGAUGAUAUUGGAAAUCCUGAAAUGGAGUGUUCGAGACCCGACGUAAAAAUUUGCAAUGGAAAAAACGUGAAAUGUCUAAAAGAUGUGGAAUGUGAUAUGAAAAAAGAUUGUUAUGACGGAUCCGAUGAGCAAAAUUGCUCCAACUUACCGAAGGGCAGUCAAUGCAAUUACAAUGUGAAUUCUACAAACCAGUUAUGCGACGGAUGGUCUCUGGAAACACGUAGCAAAUACGGAACAGGAAAUUUGUUCAAAAUCGGAAUUCCUGAUGGAAUUAACAUUCCGGUGCUUAGGGAAGACUCAAAGUCUAUGUUGAUAUAUGAUGGCUCCGAAGUAAAACAAUUAAAAUCCAUGAAAACUGUGGCACUCGUUUCACCAGUAUUUCCACCGACUAAUAUCGAUGCAUAUAGAAAACGAACGAACAAAACAUGCAAGAUUCGAGUAAUGGUUUGUAGUCACACGUACUAUGAUUCAUGGACAAUUGCGGUUAUUGGCAAAGAAGGCGAUGUUUUCGAAAAUGGAAAACGAAAAUUAAUCACUUUUGGGCAUAUUAGAGCAAAGACGAGAAUUGGCUCCAGUGGACGAUUCCCGCCGUCAAAUUGUGAUCGCGAUCGAGAUAUUGACGGUGAAACUGGCAUUUUUAUGGAAGAUGGCGGGACAGGAGCACAAUUGUGGAAUAUUGCAGAAAAAGGAUUCUACAGACUAGAACUUUGCGGCGCUGGUGGAGGUUCAUCACAGAUAAUUCGCGGAGAGCCAGGAAAGUGCGCAUUAUUCCAAAUGCACUUGCAAAAACGACACGUUAUGAGGAUUGUGAUAGGACAAAUGGGAGAGAGCCCGUGUGUCAGAAAGGGUCAAAACAACUUGAAUGCUUCGUGCUCGACGAGAGAAUUGUCAAAUAAAAAUGUGUUCUCCAGAAGAGUAGGAGGAGCUGGAGGAGGUGGUUCAUCAAUGAUAACAUUUGAACGUGGAAAAUGGGACAUCAUUGUUGGCGGGGGAGCUGGAGCACCUGGCGGGAACUGGACAAUCUUGAGCGAAUUUGAUGCUGGUAUAGGCUUCAGUGUUGCUCGAGGGAUUAAGAAAUCUACCCAAUCACAAUGCAAAAUUCUUUGUCGAUCUUCAUCAGCAAAAACAUUCCAAGCCGAUGGUACAUGGAAUAAUUGCAUGAACAAGGCUGUCAGAGUCUAUGGCGGAUUCGGAGGUGGCGGCAGCUCAUGUGGCGUUCUUGGAGGUGGUGGAGCUGGUGCACCUGGUGGAGCUCCUGGAGAGAAUGGCGAGAGCUAUGUGAAUCCACUGCUUGCCAGUGAAGCAUUAUUCUAUCCAGCGAACACAGUUCAAGAUGGAUCGCUCAAAAUUUUAAAGUGUAGCAAAAUUUGUCCAGAAUCAUCAGUUUGCCGUUUUCGAGGGGACAGGCUUCAGGAAGAAUAUUGUGCCUGUCCGGGAGACAUUGAGUUCAAAGAUGGAUCAAGUUGCGAAUGCCCAUUGAAUUGUCCCUGGCCGUCUACUUGCGUCCUAACCAACUUCACCUAUCAGCCGGUUUGCCAAUGCCCAACAUAUAAGACGCUUGCCAAUCCACUCAUUGAUCGUUGCCAAGAACUGACGCAUUCGCGAUUCAUCGUCUUUGUACUUUUAUUUUUUGCAAUGUUGGUUGUAACCGUCGCGUAUAUUUCUAUUCGGUAUUGCAAACGGAAAACUGUGGUUUUAUCGAAAGAAUUGAUCGAGAUCUCCAAACUGAAAACGAACGAAUACCUUUACGAUGACAUCUAUUUUGGGAACCAAACCCGCAAAUCUGCAAUUGAUAAUCUACCAACAAUCGAUAGGAACUCACUAAAGACCGGAGUUACUCUGGGAAAAGGAAAUUUCGGCGAAGUGCUCUAUGGCCACUAUAACGCAAGUGAUGGGCAUUCUUACGAAGUUGCUGUGAAGACAAUCUCGAAGCCAUUCAGUGCCAGCAUUUCAGCUCAAGCAGACUUCUGCAAUGAAGCGCUUUGCAUGAGUACCUUCGCUCAUUCCAACAUCGUUCAUCUGAUCGGAGUUAGCUUUGACGACGUUCCCUACCUUAUAGUCACCGAAUUCAUGGAAGGAGGAGACCUUCUGACAUUUGUCCGCGAAGCGCGCCCUAGCCAAUACUCACUAAAUCCAUACCAAUUGACCAUGUCAGACCUAAUUCAUCUUGUGAGGGAUGUCGCGGCAGGUUGCUCUUGUCUAGAACAAUUCGGAUACGUUCAUCGCGAUAUUGCGGCCAGGAACAUUCUACUGACGAGGAAGAAAGCUGGAAGAGUGGCAAAGAUUGCUGAUUUCGGAAUGGCCAAAGAGAUCAACAUGGGUUCCGUGUAUUACCGACUGCAUGGUCGAGCUAUGCUGCCAAUUAAAUGGACCCCGCCGGAAGCAUUCAUUGAUGGCAUGUUCACAACAAAAUCAGACGUAUGGAGUUUCGGAAUUCUUGGAUGGGAAGUGUUCUCUCUCGGUGUAAUUCCUUAUCCAAAUCGUAGAAAUGAGGAAGUGAUGAUAAUGAUAACGGAGGGAGAAAGACUCGAAUACCCAUUCGGAAUACCUCCGAGAAUUUAUAAGCUAAUGAGAAAUUGCUGGAAGACGAAUCCGAACCACCGACCAACAUUUGAUGAGCUCCUAGAGCAGCUGGAUGAUAUUCUUCUUGACAAUUCUGUCACGGGAAUGCCAUUCCCAACUCAUCCAGCCGUCAGGGCUUCCUUUGCUCGCGCUCAAUCUACUCCCCAGUCCUGCGAGACCCCACAGACCUCGAUGACAGAGAUCUCAGCAGCUAGUAUAUUUGCUGAAGCUAUGCAGAGUUUGGAUAUGGCUGAUAUGAUCAAAUUGCACGAAAUAAUGAUGGUGCAAGAGGAACCGUAUGUCUCGGAAAUCUCGGCUUCCGUGAUGACAACCCUUCGCCAGGAUUUGGCUCGGCAGCAGAUGGAAAACGGCGCUCCAUUCCGGCCAUCUUUAGUUCACCCAAAGCAACAUUUUCCUCAAAAAGCGGAAGAAAAGCCCGUUGAUCUUGAAGGACUCGUCGUGUAG